CCUGCUUGUGUUCCUGCCUGUAUGUGGUUUUCAAACUUGAAAUAGCGAGAAAGAGAGAGAGAGAAAGUAGGUGGGACUGGGUGGCAAACGUUUUCGACAGUCAAAAAUCAACAAAAGUUGCAGCGAACAGCAGCAGCAGCAGCAGAGAACAGGGUAAUGGAGCCUCAAGAGAUCAGAGAGGGAUACCUGGUGAAAAAGGGUACAGUACUAAACUCCUGGAAAGCUGUAUGGGCGGUGCUGUCAGAAGAUGGACUUGAUUUCUAUAAAAAGAAGACCGACCGUUCUCCGAAAGGAAUGAUCCCUUUAAAGGGAGCAACACUCAUCAGUCCUUGCCAGGAUUUUGGCAAGAGGAUGAUGGUUUUCAAGAUUACAACAGAGAAGAAACAGGAUCAUUUCUUCCAAGCCUCACAUGUGGAGGAGAGAGAGUUUUGGGUCAAGGACAUUAAGAGGGCCAUUACCUGCCUCAAAGGGGGAAGAAAGUUUGCCAGGAAGUCAACAAGACGAUCCAUUCGCCUGCCUGACACAAUCAACCUAACUGAGCUGUACACUCUGAUGAAAGACCAGGAUGAUGGAGUCAGAGAGUUAAAACUGGAGCAAGAGAAUAGAGUCUUCAACCACUGCUUCACUGGUGCAACUGUGGUAGAAUGGCUGAUCUCAAAGGAGAAAGCGAGAAAUAGGCCUGAGGCCCUCAUGUUAGCAACAGGGCUUAUGAAUGAGGGUUUUCUCCAGCCUGCGGGUGACCUGUCAAAAGAGGGAGCUGAGGGUGGAGAACAAUCUGCCUUCUUAGAUCAGACAGAUGCUCUCUACUACUUUGCAGACAGUGGAUUCUUCUGUGAAGGAUAUUCCAGUGAUGAUGAUGUACUUGUAAAGGAAGAAUUCAGAGGGAACAUCAUAAAACAAGGAUGUUUACUUAAACAGGGUCAUAGGAGGAAAAACUGGAAAGUGCGAAAGUUCAUACUGAGAGACGACCCUGCUUAUAUGCAUUAUUAUGAUCCUACAAAGGGUGAAGAACCUCUGGGUUCAAUCCAUCUCCGAGGGUCUGUGGUUACAGCUGUGGAGUAUGUGCCUGACGCCAAGAAAUACGACGUUGACGGCAACCUCUUUGAGAUCAUCACUUCAGAUGAGACUCACUACUUCCUCCAAGCAGCUACAACUGAAGAAAGGAAGGAGUGGAUCAAAGCAAUACAGGCAGUGUCAAAAAGUGGAAAAUAACAGAAGCAACUAAUGAGUAGAGGAAUAUUUGCUAGCCAUUCAAACUUACUGAGUAUAGUCCCACAUUUGAUAGAGAUAUAAUGACAUUAAACAGUGUGUCAGCUAAGAAUAACUCAUAUCUUUUAACUUGCAAAAGUCACAAACUCAAAACAUUUUCUAUGCAUAACACACUGAGACAUUAAAGGGUGGUUACUACUAAAGAGAGACUCUCUGCUUUUGGUUUCAUGCUUGAUACUCUGCCAAUUGUGUUUUUUUUUAUUUCCUCUUUGUUCAUUUAUCUUUCAAAUGUUUUAGAUUGAACUAUCAUGCGGGCACACUCACUUCCUGAGUGCAAUAGACUGAAUCACAAUAUGCGUUCACAGCUCAAUGUCACUUUGUGGUUCAGAGGCCUGCUGCAUCUGUAAGUGACAUUUAUCAGUGGCAAAAAUGACUGGCUCAAGCUACACCAUGACUGCAUUAAAAACGUCCGUUAUGUAACAAUUUAAAGCGAUAACAGUGAAAGGAUAUUUUUAGUUUAUCACAACUUGGCGGUUAUUAUUUUCAUUUUGCCUACAUAUCAGUCCUUUUGUAUUUAUAACAUUAUACUCACCAUGUGUUUUACUGAGAUCUAGCAACUUCAAAAGUAAGACAUUUUACAGCAAUGAAACUGCCCUAAUUAUAGAAACCAGCUAUGCCAACAGCUGAUGCUGGUGUUGUUCACUUUUAUUUCUACUUGAUCUUUGCUCUGCCUUUGAUAAAGCUGAUUAAACAAUUUUGUUGGUUCACCUUAAAAAUGGGUUGGGUUCAGGGAUACUAUUCCCUGAGGCUCCAUCCUUGGCUGUCUUGUGACAAAUGCUGGAUGAAGAAUUGGACACAGCAGUGUGUGACCAGGCAGGUGACCAGCAUGAGGAGGAGGUGCCAGGCUGUUGUGGCUGUAUAUGGUUCUUCGACACACUACUGAGGCUCCUGUUUGUUAAAUGAAUAAAUUGUUAAAGUGCCAAUAUGUCUUGUUUCUUCAGACUUCAGUCAUCCAAUCCACCAAACAACACAA